GCGAGGGGUGAUGUCAAACCAGCUGAGCUCAGAAAGUAAACAGCGCUCCAGAGAGCAGCAUGCCUUCAGCGGCACGGCUGCAGAGGCAGAGCCAGCGGCAAUGCUGCAUGCUCCCUCACACCUCCCUGCUCUUCGUUCUCCUUCUCAUCUUCCUCCUGGUCUCUUCAGGGAUGGCAUGGCCAUAUGACUACAGAUAUCUGUAUAACUUUUGCCCUGGCCCAGAGUGGAAUGUAAUGUGUAGAGGAUGUUGCGAAUAUGAUGUGAUCCGAUGUAAAUGCCCUCUUCAGGGUACACAAGUGGGAUAUGCCGUUCCAUGCUGCAGGAACGCUCGGCAUGAAUGCGAUCCCUGCAUCAUCCAUCCAGGCUGCAGCAUAUUUGAAAACUGCAAGCGGUGCAAUAAUGGGACAUGGGGGCCGAGGGACGACUUCUUCAUCAAGGGCCAAUACUGUGCUGAGUGCCGUCCUGGGUGGUCUGGUGGUGACUGUCUGACAUGUGGUGGUGUGAUCAGGAAGCGGCAAGGUCAUCUGGUUUUGGAAAGUUACCCCACUAAUGCCCGCUGUGAGUGGACCCUGCAGGUUAAUCAGCCUUUCACUAUAGAACUCAGGUUCAUGAUGCUGAGUCUGGAAUUUGACCAUACUUGUCGCUAUGACUAUGUAGAAGUCAGAGAUGGUGACAGUAUAAACUCUCAAGUGAUUGGUCGAUACUGUGGAAAUGAACGCCCACCUCCGAUCCAUAGCACUGGCAAUUCCCUGCACAUACUGUUUGUUUCUGAUGGCUACAAGAACUUUGAUGGGUUGUUUGCCAUCUUUCAGGAGAACUCAGCAUGCACCUCCUCCCCCUGUCUGCACGAUGGCACGUGUAUAUUGGACUCCUCUCACUCCUAUCACUGUGCAUGUCUGGCUGGGUACACAGGAAAGAGAUGUGAAUAUGUGUUGGAGUGUAAGAAGCCUGUGCCACCGGACCACGGCACUGUGGAGAGUUUGGAUGUGAGGGUUGGAGGUCAGGCUCUAUUUAGCUGUGAUCCAGGUUUCACGCUAAAAGGCUUCGACAUGGCCACCUGUCUGCUGGACGGCUCAUGGAGCACACCGAUGCCAUACUGUGUGCCUGAAAAGAACUGUGGCAUCCCUCUUAAGCCAGCACAUGGAGACCAUUUCCUGGUGUAUGGUCCGAAUGAUGUGCUCAUUGCAUUGCAGUAUCUGUGCUAUAGACCAUACACUCUGGUUGGAAAUCCUCAAAGAACCUGUCUGGGCAACAACACAUGGAGUGGAACAGCACCCACCUGUGUCAAAGAUGGCAUCAUGCCUGUACCAGAUAAAGAAAAGGACAUAUUAAAAGGUUCAGACAUUGGAAAAGACAAACAAACUGACUUCAUAGAUAAGACUGGACUAGAGAAAGAGAAGACUCCAGACAAAACAGUUAGCCUGGAAAUACCGAUAAGUGGGAAGGACAAGAUUGGAUUAGACACAGAUUUUGGUAAAGGCCAAGAGGUGGAGAAAGGCAUAGGGAAGGACCCAGGCAAAGACAUUGGAAAGGAAAAACCCACAGCUGGAAGCAAGGACAAAAUUAGUGGCAAAGAUGCUGAAGAUAGCAUGAACACAGUCCGGAAAAAAGACUCAGACAAUGGGAAAAUUGUUCACUACUUGGACAAAGAUGGAGGUUUGGACAGUGCAGAAAAAGUUGUAAUAGACCCAACUAACGAUUUGGACACGAACAUUGUAGAUAUUGUGCUAAUUGAUGACAAAAGCACCAUUAAAGAGGCCAUCAUACACAAGGCUACUGAAAAAGAUAACAAAGAAACAGUGACCGAAAUACCACAGUACACAAUAGUUAGCCUGAGAAAAGAUGAGAAAGAUGAGAAUGUCCCUUAUAAAAUAGACACUUCAAGCACAAGCAACACCACUGAGCCUGUAGAUAGCAAUGAUAUAGAGGAAAGCCUGCAGACAUUGCUCCCUAAAGAAACUCCAAAGAUUCAACUACAAGCCCAUGAAGAUAACAGCACAGAGAGAGCCAUUGUACCAACACAGAGCCCUGACACUGAGAGAGUUACGGCUGGGGAGACAUGGCAAGGUGGAGACCAUGAAAAAACGACAGUACCAGACUCAGAGAGUCCAAUCAAAGAAACGCCUAAGACGGACAUGGGUACGAGAGCUGAAACCGAGAGCCGACACACUGAGAAAGAAGUGGAAAACCUCAGUAUCAUUGAGGCCGAGGGCAGGAAGUGUCCCCCACCCCCUCGGCUAUACCAUGGUUUCUAUGAGUGGGUGCCUGGUGCAGAUCCAGAGAUGGUAGAGUUCUACUGCAACCACUCGUAUGCUCUGAGUGGCAGUGCUCGCAGAACCUGCCAGCCUAAUGGCACCUGGAGCGACACACAGCCCAUCUGUGUGCGGGCCUGCCGGGAGCCCAAAGUGUCAGUACUGGUGAGACAGAAAGUCCUGCCCCCACAAGUCCCUUUCAGGAAAACUCCUGUGCAUAAGUUUUACUCCACCUCAGGCUUGACAAAACUCUUCAGCCCGGUGAGUCCAACUAAAGGACCAGUGACUUUGCCUCCACUCCCACCAGGUUUCCACCAUCUCUACACACACAUUGAGUACGGGUGCACCUCACCCUACUACCAUCACACUGGGAGCACACGCAGAACGUGCCUCAAGACAGGCAAGUGGAGCGGCCGCCAUGUCUCCUGUUCACCAGUAUGUGGCAAGUUGCCGAACUUUGAUCCACAGCGUCCAGCAGACUCUAACUGGCCAUGGCUGGUUGCUAUCUACCGUCGGUCUGGCCAAGAUCAAGGAGAAAAGCUGGGAAAAGCAACUAGCCUGGGGAAGGACGCAGGUCUGAUGUAUAAGGAAGAUGAUAUGUCUUUAGAGAACUGGCAGCUGGUUUGUAGUGGAGCUCUGCUCAACCAGCGCAGUGUGGUGGUGGCUGCCCAUUGCGUCACUGAUCUUGGAAAAGUCUACCCACUGGACGUGUCUAAAAUACGGGUGGUGCUGGGAAAACAUUACCGCAGUGACCUGCACCAGACUAAGGGCUUGCAACACCUCAGGGUGUCCUCCAUCACUGUACACCCUAAUUAUGACCCUCUGGUACUAGACUCUGACCUGGCCAUCCUCAAACUGUUGGAUAAAGCUCGUAUCAGUGAACAUGUUCUGCCCAUCUGCCUCCCAACCGCCCAUGAUGCAGAGGAGCAGGCUCUACCCAGACAGGCCAUAGUGACGGGCUGGUCCCUCAUUCCUGACGCCAGUGUUGGGGAGAGCGAGAGGGCACGUGUGGGCACAGUGAUGCUGGGUGAUGUGGUGCACUGUGAGCAACAAUAUGCCCAGUAUGGCCUUCCCAUCAGUGUCUCUGAGAACAUGUUGUGUGGGCGCCUGGGUCCUGGCGUCAGUCCUUCUAACAUCUGUCCAGCUGAGACUGGAGGGGUCCUGAUUGCCCCGCCCACUUCCUCACCUGACCUUGCUUCUUCGCUGUUUCCAAACCCCAUGAAGGAGUGGAAGCUCCUGGGAUUAGUUAGUUUUGGGUAUGACUCACUAGACUGCAACCCGGAACUUUAUACUGUCUACACACACAUCUCUAACUUCCUCGACUUUUUUGAGAGCAAUAUGAAGUAAUAAAUCAUGUGCAAUUUAGUUCCUCUUUCAACCAAUGCCUCCUCUGUUCUGCCCUAAUAAUCCUUUCAUAUGUAGCUUGAUAUAAAGGCUGAACUAACACUGGACUAUGCUGCCAAGAGAAGACAGCAAUAUUUAGGAAGGGCAUUUACUCUAUGCUGAGCUAGGAGCAGCUUCUCCCAGCUCUAUCUUUCGCUUAAAUGAAUAGCAAAGGGACCAUCAAACUCACCUUAAAAUAUCAUCAAAGGGAAACUUCUACCAACACUGACCCUUCUCUUAACCACACGUGGGUCCUCAGGUAAUCGGGUGCUGUAAGUUUGACCAGAGAACCAAAUCUCCUGAUAUAUUUCAUACCAGCGAUAGUUGAUUUUCUGAAUAUUGGUUUUGUACAUAUAGUGUAAUGUAUUAUUCUACAACUGUAAACAUGACAAAAAUGAUGUAUAUAUUGUAUAAAAUUAUUGCAAACUUAUUGCCUUUUAAAUAAAAUAAUUUGGUGGUUGUGUUGUGAA